CCUUUUGAAACGCGCGCGAAGCCAAUUACUUUUUUUCCUUUAUUAUAGGUAACAUACCUAGGUUUCUGCCUGGAGAUAUUGAUGUUCCACAGCUACUAUAUACGGAGGCUCGUUAAGUGGAAGAUUUUAGGUACUAAUGUUGCCAAAUUCGAAUUUGGCGUUGCUCAGUAACUUCCGGAAAUAGCUAAGUAUGGAUUUCUUCAAACGUUCCAAGUUUGACAAGCUGAUUGAGAAGGCGACCAGUGAAAUGCUGAUUGAAUCAGACAUUGAGAGUACCAUUGCAGUUUGCGAUAACGUGCGUAGUCAAGAGAUUUCGCCUAAAUAUGCGGUCCAGUGUUUAAAGAAACGUCUUCAGUGUGACAACCCAAACGUCGUUCUACACUCAUUUGAUGUGCUGGAGUCAUUAAUGAAGAACUGUGGUACACCUGUUCAUGAAGAAGUUUGCAGCACUGACUUUAUGCAGCAGCUUGUUGGGAUGGUUGAUACAUCCCCAGACGUUCGUGCAAAGCUUCUAGAGUGUAUUCAAAAUUGGGCGUAUGUUUUUCGUGAUAAGCCUGGCUACGUUGCUGUGAUAGAUGCUUAUGAGAACCUUAAAAACGCUGGCUACGUUUUUCCGGAGUUCUCAGAGAGUGCUGCUAUGUUCAGUGUAGUUUGUGCUCCAAGUUGGAAGGAAGGAAAUGCAUGCCAUCGAUGCAAGUCCGCAUUUACUACGUUCAGGCGUAAAUUUUAUAUCAGUGUGUUGUCACAGUAAUACUCCAGUCUCCAUUAACUUGAUCUGAUUGGUUGGUAUAAAAGUUUUUUAUCAUGCGUAACUGGAAGUGCAUAUAAAUAUAGCUUGUUUACCAGUAAACUACAUCUUAUGUAGUAUUCUUAUAUCUUAUCGGUAAAAUGGCUGUUUUUAUUGAGUUAUACGUCAUUAUUGGUCGGUGUAGGGGAACUUAUUGAAGUCCGAUAACUGACUCAAACAGGUACUUUCCGCGGCGCUAACUGCAAGGUAAAAAAAAGAUAUCUACAUAUCUUUAUCGACUAUUUCGAUUAUCAAGUCACUUGAUUGAAACAUGCUUUUCAAUUAAAUGGCAUAUUUUUCGGUUUUUAAGUCAACUUUGUGCACUUGUGAGGAGCGUUUGUAUGCUGACUCAGUUUCCUAUAUAAACCUUUGGGUUCGAAAUAUCCGUAACUAUGCAUAUGCUUGACGUAAAAUCCAAUAUUGUCCAAGACAUAUUUUCAUAACCAAGUGAGAGGUUUCAUACAUUGUGCUUGUGGAUGCCAAUAAACUAAAAUGUUACAUAACAGUGCGCGACCACCUAUUAUUUUCAGUAGAUAACUGCCCCACACCAAAUACGGCUAAACUCCACAGGUGAGGAGUAGUAAGGGACGACAAAAACCAACGAACAGUCCAAAGCUUACUGUUCAUUAGUGCUAGCUAUCGUCUGUUUUAGUAUGGUAACUAGAAUAACUUGGACUAAUUAUUUCUAAUAGCACCAUAGGUCGGUGAUAUAUUAUCAAAUAAAAUUUGAUUUGACAGCCUUCAAGGACCAUCAUUAUUUAUCAAACAUUUCCAAUCAAAUCGAUUGUAUCAUGCAGUCUGUCGUACAAACCAGUAGCAGUUUCUUCGAAAUUUUUUUAAUGCUAGAAAGUAGAAAAUCCUACUGUAAUCGUUACAGUGAACUUAACGUGGAAAGCUUAUUUCAUUAUGCCAGAAUCAAGUUAGAGAUGAGCGAAUUUGGGGGACGCAGUCGUAACACGAAUAUUGUAGAUGUACUAUACAUCCUUACUUACUUACGCCUGUUACAACCAUUGAGCAUAGGUCGCCGACCAACAUUCUCCAACCCAUUCUGUCCUGGGCCUUUCUAUUUCUGCCCAAUUUUUGUUCAUUCUUCUUAUGUCUGUCUCCGUUUCUCGGUCUUCCUCUUAUCCUUUGGCCUUGAGGAUCCCAGGCGAGAGCUUGCCUUAUGACGCGGUUGGCUGCUUUCCUCAAUGUGUGUCCUAUUCACUUCCAGCGCUUCUUCCUGAUUACUUCUCCCGCUGGAAUCUGGUUUGUUCCCUUCCUCAGUAAGUUGUUGCUGAUAGUGUCUGGCCAACGGAUCCGAAGUAUUUUUCGUAGACAACUGUUAAUAAACACUUGUAUCUUCUGGUUGAUGGCUUCUGUAGUUCUCCAGGUUCUCCAGUAGAACAGUCUUGAAAUUUGUAUUAAAAAUUCUGACCUUGGUGUUGGCUGACAAUUGUUUUGAGUUCUAGAUGUUCUUCAGUUGUAAGUAUGCUACUCUUGCUUUGCCGAUCCGCUCCUUCACAUCUGCAUCCUUCAAAGUUUCUCCGUCAAUUGUGAUUCGAUUGGUGCAUGUUGUGUUUUAUCGAAGAAUCUUGCUUUCCCCUUUGUAUAUGUGGGGACCUACUGCUGCUGAGGCUGCUGCUACACUGGUCAUCUCCUGCACUUGUUGCGUGUGCGAUAGAAGAGCCAGAUCAUCUGCGAAGUCUAGAUCGUCUAGCCGCAUCUCAGCUGUACACUGUAUCCCGUGCUUCCUCCCAGAUGUUGACGUCUUUAUAAUCCAGGGUGAGAGUAAUCAACUUUGCCUGACACAGUUUAACCCAUCAUAGGAAUUCCGUAUGAUAUUGACAAUCUUCUGAGGCACGCCGUAGUGUCGAAGAAGCUUCCAUAGUGUUGUCAUGCCUACGCUAUUAAAUGCUUUCUUCUAGUCAAUGGAAUUGAUGUAGAGUGAUGAAUUCCAUUCAAUUGAUUGUUCCAUAAUGAUCCGUGGUGUUGCGAUUUGGUCGGUACACGAUCGAUCCUUACGGAAUCCAGCCUGUCGGUCUCGAAGCUGGGCGUCUACGGAGUGCUUCAUUCUGUUUAACAAUGCCCUGUUGAAGACUAUUCCUGGUAUUGAGAGAAGAGUGAUGCCUCUGUAGUUCUCACACUUAGUAAGAUCGCCUUUCUUUGGUAUCUUGAUCAGGUGUCCUUCUUUCCAGACUGCUGGUACUUGUUCUUCAUCCCAAAUCUUGCUGAAGAGAAUGUGGAGCAUGUUUGCAGUUACUGCUACAUUUGCUUCCAGUGCCUCUACUGGAAUGUUGUCUGGUCUUGCUGCUUUGCCGCUGUGGUCGAGUCACCGCCUAUAGUCAACUCUUUUCUAAACUGGUUAUAUCAAGCGGUGUUAGUCAAGGAAAACCACUCAUCAUUUUUGUGUGCCUUUAUCAUAAGGAUCAGUCAGUCAGUAACAACGUAGAACUUCGUAUGUACGUACAUCAGUUCGAGUUGCCACACCUUUUAGGGAUAACUCUUUCUUCGUUUGACUUCCCAAAUAUAAGUCUCCUACUAGGUGAUUCAUUCAUCAACUUGAAACACGUAAACGACAUAGUCCUAUAUCCUUGAGUUCCUCAUCCUAUAAGCGCUUUCCGCGCUUCCUCGUAGAGCAUCAGUGCAACAUCUUGUUUGCAUGAGGCUAUUUCUUCUGCAUAACUAGAACACAACACAAGCUCUCUCGAAGCUGACUUUUUUUAUUUACUUUGAGUCCAAUGGGUAUCACUAAUUCUAAGCACUGCCAGUUUGUAUUCUCUUAUUUCCACAGCUUUUUGAGUGGUCCUCACACUGUCCGAAUAUUGCAUGUAUCUAUAUUAAUUGUUACUCUGGUUCUCCGAUUUCCGGAGAAUCUGGACUUUCAACAUGAGAUGUUAUAACCUUUCUAAAUAAAUACCCUUCAAAACCUGGGGAGGAAGUUUAAAUGUUUUAAAUCUUUUUUAUGAUAGUUGUUUUUUCAGCAAGGUUGUUUUCUACGGGAUGAGGUUGCUUACUUCAUGCUUAACCCUCGUUCUUUAUUCGGCUUUGGUAUGAGCAGUAAUCCUGAAGGGCUGCAGACAGAGCUAUCAUGGGAUAAGUUCCUCUCCCACGAAAUGUUAGUUGUAGCCCCACAACUUGUCUGUAUCAUUGCCCAGUUUAAACAUAGAUAGUGAAUUAGAUCACAUCCACUACCUCGCUUAUCUUGGAAGUGUCAUUAGCCAUAUUAGGUUGAUGGCUAACGAUAUCUCGACACGAAAACAUAAAGCUCCCAUCCAGGCUCUGGGGAUACUGUUCAGCAUUCACCUUUGUAUUAUGGCCUAUGUAAGUGAUGAAAGUCUACUAGCCUCUAUUGUUUAACCAUAAUUCUCCGGGAAGCAUACCUUGUGUAAUCCUGAGGUUUGGCGUAAUGUACUAGAUUACGAUAAAAAAUUGGCUGAUAAGACUAAAAACUUUCAUCGCUUCACUUUAUGUUUGUUUUACUAAUUUAGUCAAGUUUUUUUGUAAUAUCUAAAUAUCAAUAACAAUACAAACACAUACAUUAAAGCGUAAGAAUCUGAAUUACACAUUAUGUUGAUCACUUGAGCUUGAUUCUAAAAUGUCUAGAUAACUGGGUGUCAAUAAAAGCAUAAUUCAUUGUGAUAUUCGUGCCGAAAAAAUUACAGACUUACUACAGAUUGGUUCAUAAGUUUCAGAUCUACGAUUUUAAAUGGUAGUUAUGGCCUUAUAUAUUGAAUCCUUCACUUAUAUUUGCUUUUGGCUCAGAAAAUUGUCAGUUUAGAGUCAUUUUUACAGUAGUUGAUUUAAUAAACUCGAUACCUUACCGGUAGCUUAAUUGUUAAGUUGUUAUACAUCCAUCUACUAGGUCUCGAGUUUGAACGCCGAUCAAUCUACUUCCAUUCGGGAAGCUGGAUAUUCUCAAAUCUGACAAAUCCAUUUUCCUUGUAGAUCCCUCCUGGUAAUUUUAGUUAAUAUGUCCCCUUGUGUACUUUUUCAUGUUAUGUUUUCAUCUUAGUAAUCUUUUUCAAACAUAUCGUUACCUUAAUUUUCUCCAGCAUCACUGUCGUAAGUGUGGUCAAGUGUUUUGUGGUGAGUGUACCUCAUCGCGCGCCAUUCUGCCUGAAUUCGGCAUUGAGAAGGAAGUGCGUGUUUGUGAUUUGUGCUUUGAAUCAGUUAACAGGUAAUUGCCCAUAAACAUGUCAUUCUGUAGACAUUAUGAUUUUAUUUAUUAUAUCGAUUAAUGAUCGUUGACAGUAACGCGUUCCUGUAUAUUUAUAUAUUCACUUGAGUUGCAGUAAUAUUUGCCAAAACUGCUGAAGCGAAUGGUGAAUUUACUUUCAUUUUCCUUACUACGAUAUACUUUGUAAUAAUCUUCCUUGCUUUUUCUGCUUAUAUCGACCUGUAGGAAUAAUAAACGUUGUAUAUACUGUUUUCCAAAGGGUCAUCCGUCUUUAAAACACAUCUCUGCAACAUUGACGAAAGUUGCGUUUAUAAGUAACAAAACCAUUCAGCGGUAGAAGUCAGUCAGCUACAACGUAGGACCGAAUUUACAACCACAAUUGGUGUCCGGCAAGGUUGUCCACUAUCUCCAUUUCUGUUUAGUUUCAUCAUAAACCUACUGCUGGAAAUAACGUUCUCUUCCAAUGAAUUAUCAGAAGUUGAUCUCCUACCAGAAGGUACACUUAUUGCCUAAGAAUACGCCGAUGACAUGAUCCUGUUUUGUGAAGACGCUGAUAAAAUGCAGUCUUCUGGUAGAAAUAAGCAAAAUACCAGGAUGUUUGGGAUGCGUUUCUCUCCCUCUAAGUAGGAAUUGUUGCUUCAGGACUGGCCUGAGUCACCACCUGAACUAAGGAGAGAGAGUGAAGUAGUCGAACGCGUCGACAGUUUCACAUAUAUUAUCUUAGAGUCCGAUCAGACCUAAUGGAUUGAUGUUUGACGAAAUCUCUGCACGAAUCCAAAAUGCUGGUGUACCUUUUGCCAACUUACGUCACCUAUGGCGAAAGGAAGAUAUCCAUCUAUCAAUCAAGGUACGAGUAUACUGCGCGGCAGUUCGUUCUGUUCUACUUUAUGGCUGCGAAACGUGGCCAUUAAGAGUAAAAGAUACUCGUAAGUUACUAGUAUUUGAUCACAGAUGUCUUAGAAAUAUUGUUCGCGUCUGCUGGGAUCAUCGAGUAAGUGAUAGUGAGGUUAGACGCAAGGUGUUAGGGAAUGAUGGUAAGUCAGUUGAUGAGGUUGUGAAUCUUCAUCAACUGAGAUGGUUGGAUCAAGUAUUGCGCAUACCCAACAACCGAUUACCACGACGCAUAAUGCUGACUAGUGUUGGCGACGGAUGGAAGUUAGGGGCAGCCAAACCAAAAUGUGGUUGUUGUAACGGGUGGACUGCAGGUUUUGAUAAGCAGCGUUUUAUUGAUCGCUUCAGUGACACAUAAACACGUAAGGACGACCUAGGGUUCUGAUUGGCCCCGCUUCCCUGUCUAACCCAGCCAGUUGAGUCUAGAACGCAAGUCACAGCCUCUGAGUUAUGAAUCAUUGUAUUUCAGAUAUACUCUAUUUAUAUACCAAACAAACAAACCACAUCGUACCAUAAAAUAGAAAACAACAUUUACACAAUAUUAAACAAGUGAAAUAAACAUCGACCAAUAGGAAAUGUACAUUUAAGGUCCAAGGCCACCAUAGACUUAACACGAUACUUAUUGGUAUAUUUUUCCGACUAUCCUAACAGUGGUAUCAGUCCAUAAAGUCACUAAAUUCUUGUCUAAGUCAUGUUGGUAGAUGCAAACUACUUGGUUGAGAUCCGCAUGACUAUCGUAACCAAUGGUUAGAGACUGUGGGUGACAUGGCUCAGAAUCGAUCACAAUGGCAUAGGUGUAUGCACUCUUUGUCUUUCCUUAAACCGUGCGUUCGAAAUUGCUUUAUACCUUUCUUUCUACCAACUAAUUCUUUCUUCCUGUAUUAUAUCCUUAUACGCAAUCUUUCUUUUAUACAUUACUACCAUUAAAGUGACUACUUCUAUGAAUUCAGUGUUCAUCUUGUUGUGCUAAUUAGGUGUGGUAAGUUGGAGUGAUGCAUAUAUGUGCCUGGUCCUACGUUCUAGAUGACUGACUAACAAGUUAUUAUUAUUACUAUUACUGUCGGUAGUAUCGCUAGUAGCAUAUGCUGGCAUUUAUAUUUUUGCAAUGUAUUUUAACAAUAUUUUCGUUGUUGUUUCUGUUUUGUAAGAGGAUUGUCUUCUGCUUCAAAUAACUCUGAAGAUAAAAGGUCUGUGGAGAGGGAGAAUCAGGUAAUCUUUUUUCAUUUAAGAUUAGCGAUUGCGUGUUUUUGAAUAUUUUUUUGCACUUGAAUCUCAAGUGUUGGUAUUCCAAGUUCAGUCCUAGCUAAUCCGGUUUUUGCACCUACACAGUCAUUAGCACUACAUUUUCUACGACUUGUUUUUUGUCAAGUAGGAUAGACUGUAAAUUGAAGUCGGGUCCUGAGCGUCACUUAAUAAUGAAGAGAUCCUUCUACAAACUUUAUUUAAGUAACAGCUGAUCCCUACUUUUGUGGUUUGGAUUCCCAUAUUUAUGUCUACAAAUGUUUGUUUGUUGGCAGAUCAGUUGAUUAUCAAACAGCAUUUCAAAGUCUUUACAUAUGUUGGCGUAAUGGUAUUUUUUUUCUUUUUGUCACUCAGAAAUAGUACAUGAUACUGUUUAAAUAAACAUGAAGCGUCCCAUUCAACUAACCCUGUCUUAAAAGUCUCACAUAAUAAUAUAGGCAACGAUUGAAGUGUAAGAAAAAGAUACAGCGAAACAUACUUUCUUUACCUUUACAAUCACUCUAUCUUUUCUAUUACCUUUAGGUAGAUACUUUCAUCAAUUAAAAUCUAUUUUCGUCAUUGAUUAUUUCCAGAGAUUUCCUGUGGCUUGAUUUUUUAAUUGAAAUGCUUACUAUAUUUGUGUUAUGAUUUAAACCUCAUAAUAACAAUCUAUCUUGGAAAUAUGUCGGUCUUUUGUACCUUCCUAUAUACGGAAAGUAUUGGGGUCAUAAUAAUCAUCAAUAAUUUUAAUAGUCAGUUGUAAUAAGAUGUGAUGAUAGCAACGUAUUUCUUUCAGCUAACCAGUUUUCUUGAAAAUGCUACUUUCACCUAAUGAGAUAAGCUUAUAAAUAUCAGGAUUUAUAGUUCAUUUUCACUCCUGAUUCAUAGUUUUUAGUUUCUGGCAAUUAGGUUCAGACAAAUCCUUUCGACUUGUAACACUUACAGAAGUUGUAGGUGACUGCUUUGUUCUUAUAUACUACUUAAAAUUGUGUUAAAUUAAUUCGGUUAUUUAUUUACUUUGAAGAAGUGACUUGCAUUAAGUCAUGAAACGCAACUCGAACUGACGUACGUACGUACGAAGUUCUACGUUGUUACUGACUGACUGACAUGAAACGCCAGAAAUUCAAAUUUAUCUUUAUUAGAAUAUCACGAAAAUAUAAUUAUUUCAUCAUUUUUAACUUUGUGCCCAAUGCUCAAUCUAUUUGAAACUAUCAACAAAAUCUUUAGUAUUGGUACCUAGUAACACAUUUCUUGAGAUAUUUUCGAAUUUCAUGUUGUGCAAAGUUUUCUAUUGAAAAGGAUUGGUUACCUUUUUGUCAUCAGUGCCAUGAUUCCUUCUAAUUAUAAUCGACUUUUUUUCCCCAUUACUUCUCCUUUGAAGAUAUUUUCGCCUGUAUACUUUCAUAAUUUCAACUCACGAAUAAUAUCCUUGGUUUCAGUAAAUUAAGCUCUCAACUAAAUGUUAUUCACUUCAACAGGUAAUACAACAUACACUUAUAGUCAAGGGUUCCACACUGUUUUCAGGACAUUAAUACAAGAUAUUGGUGUAUGUAAUAAUUUAACCUCAUGUAACCGUUGUUUUGAUGACUUGUCUUUUAUAAGGAUUGACCUUAUUCCAGAGCUACCAAAUACGAAUUCCUCUACUGAAUCACGCUAAUAGUUGUUUUGGUUCUGUACGAACUUGAGUUAACUGUAUUUUUUUGUCUUCUCCGACACAUCCACUUGUUGAUGGAGUUCAGAUCAGAUUGAGCAUAAGUCCUGUGGAGAUGCCAUCAUGCUCGUUGUAAUAAAUAAUAUUCUGCAUGAUAAUAAUCAGUAACUUUACUAAACGUAGUAGCAAAAAGACACCAGUGAUAUCUUUUCUAAGAUUCCACACAAAUAGUUAUAUGUAUACAGUUAGAAUCAGCUGGAUAAAUGACAUUUUUUAAAACUUAGUUAUUAUCUCAGACUAAACCAUUACGGGUGGUAAAUUACACCACAAUCAUACCAAUUAGGAAGAUCAUUGACUUAGAUGUCAACCACACGUUGGCUCGAGAUUCCUGUUAAAUGUUCUCACAUAGUUAAUCCGAGGGCGGAGGUGUACAGAUUCCUUAUUUUAACCUCAUUAGUAGUAAAAUAAAAACGGUAACCAGGUGAUUGUCAGAAAUAGUAUUGUGAUAUCAUAUACAAUAUAUCAAAAGAAAGUCACUGGAAUAGUGAAUCUUGGUAGAUUUGAAUAUCUCUGUCCGAUUUAGUUAAGGUGGAUUGUUUGCAUUCUAUCUAUCCGUUUACCUUCUGGCCGAUAUGUCCCAGAUUAAAAAUUCCCACUUACAAAAGUUUGGAAUUUUAAAGUUUCAGUAGUUUUUACGCAAGAAUUGUAAUCCAUACCUUAGUACUCUAACAUGUAUGUUGUUCAAACGGUCCAUAAGAACUCGUCUUGAUUGGUUAGUAAAAAAAUACAACUAGCGGAUUAAAUCGAAUCUCAAAUUUACUCCUUUCAAGUUACUGUAAAACUAAAUGCAAGUGCGAUGGAAUUAUCAACCAUAAAAAAAUCGAUAUUUGUCCCGACUUAUUAAGAAGACCGAGACAUAAGGGACUACUUAACAGUACUGUUGCCAAGUAGUGCAGUAUGAAGACAGACUAAGUGUAUGUUAUUAAAGAAGUUGAUUAUAUACUAUGAAACAGAUCAAGUAGUUCUUGUUAUCUUCUAUGUUUUACUGUUUAGCCAUAUGCUAAAAUAAAAACUAAUUGGAGUUAAUUGUGUCUGGAAAAAAUCGGAAUUUGUGAGAAUAGUGACCUAUACUUAUCUGGUAAAUUAAGUAUUGGUAAAACCAAUGAAAUAAUUAUAAUUGAUAUCAAAGCUCAAAAAACACUCCGCUUCUCUUUCGGAACUAAUAAUCGCAUAUCUUGAGUUUCAGACCUUAAGAAUAUUAGUUAAAAUAGAAACCGAUUACUGCAAAAAGUUCACAUUCAUUUUCUUUUAAAUAUUAUAACUCGUUUAUCCGUGUACUCUUAUAUCCCAUUUCAAUCAUUUUAAUUGUCUAUACAACAUUGGAUUGAAUAGAAGCUGUUACUCUUAUACGAGCACCUAAUUUUUGUUUGUCCUCAAGUUUGUACCAGUUACUAUUUGUUGCCAUUUUUUCUAAACUACUUUACUUCGAAACAAGCUGUAUUCAUUACUCAGUGAUUUAUAGAAUGUAACUUUGUCCCAACUCCCAGCUUCGACGUGAGAAAGAGCGACAACUGGAACAGCAAGAAAACGAGGAUCUCGAAUUGGCUUUAGCCUUAAGUGCUAGCGAAGCAGAGUCGAAUCAGAGGAAUAAUCAAAUAAAGUCUACUAUCAAUGACAAUAAACCUUCACCAUCAUCAGCAACGCCAACAGUCGCUCACCUUCUCCCAGUUCUCGAUACAAGUGAAAUGGAUCCUGAGUUAGCGCAAUAUUUAUCUAAACAUUAUCAGAGAGCUAAUCCAUCAUCUACUCAGGAUGGCAUAUAUCAAGAAAAUUCUCAAGAACAUCUCAUGCUUCAACAGUCUACCACUCAGCCUAGCGCACCUAUAUAUGCUUCCAGUACACCAUCAGAUAAUGGUACGAUUUCUAUUAACACUCUCAAGUCCGGAGUGAAUAGUGAUUUUAAUGUACCAGGGAAAAGUCGAUCCAGUGAGAUAAAUCCAGCUAAUCCUAACGGUAAGACAGACCUCAACUCAUCGGAAAUCCCAGAUCUAACUAAUCCAAAACAAGAAGAGUUCCUUGAUGCUCUACGUGGUAGUAUCGAAUUUUUCGUAAAUCGUUUGCAGAGCAAUAGUCAAAGAGGACGUAAUAUUUCAAGUGACACAACAGUCCAAACAUUAUUUUUGACACUAAAUAAAAUGCAUCCACAAUUAAUGGACUACAAACACUACAUGGAGGAACGCCGAGGUGAAUGUUUUAAUAUGUUCAGGUUUUUCAUUUGUGUUUGGUAACCUAUCGUAAUAGAUAUUAUAUUUGUAACCGGAAUUAGUUUACAAAUAACUACAUAAUUAGUAUUAUUUAUUAUUUUAACACAAAGAUUGGUACAAAAGGUAACCAAAAUAUAUAUACCCCACACAAAUAAUUGAAUUUAUUGUAUAGACUGGGAUACUGUCCUGGUGGACAAAAUGAAGGAGGUGGUCUUCUCAUAGCGCCACUCCCCGAAUUUUUAACCCAGGGGUUUAAUCGACCAGAUAGUGAAGCAACGUUAGGAGAUGCGAUUCCAUGGCAGCCAGUGACCAAGGAUAGGUUCAUACUCCGUUUGUUCCCUUAGUAUCCUGGAGCCCAUAUGCGCUAUUGGUUUGGAAUCAGGGUUUUCCAACUCCCCUAGGUUAAUCAUCUGAACCCAGCAACUCGGUUUUAGCGACGGACAUUUGCUUCUCGUCCUCUCGAUGUCGUAAACAACACUGCCGCGAGGAGGCAAUGAAUAGGAUUUCCCUGGAAAUGACUAUAUGAGAACAGUUCGAAAGAUAAAGCGGGUUCUCCUCAACAUCGGCUGUACUAGGGUAUUUGAGGGCAUAUAAUAAUUGGCGAAGAUAUUAACACAAUCACUUAAAAACAUUUUAGGAUCAGAUGGAUGUAAUUAUAGACCGAAGUCACUACAUUUCUGACCACCACAGAUUAUUAACGACAGUCGGGAUAAAUAUAAUAUUAAUGACAGCAAAAAGUGAAUAUAGUAGUUUUAGUUGAAACGCAUUAAUAAAACUAAAGAUGUAGGGAAGCUUAACAUUACUCAGAGAUCUACCAUAAGUAAACAAUACUUCAAAAGAAAGUCUGUUACCAAGUACUUGCAGUUUGCGCAUAUUUUCUACGUUCGAGACCAUGUUACCUAUCUGUGAAAUGAUGUAGUUUAAACUGAUACGUAGUAUACUCAACACUUCGAAAUGGAUGGGACUUACACCGGUGACACAAGUCACCAAAAUCUAAACAAAAUCAUUGAAACCCUAUUUCACUUGUGUUAGCUAGGAAUUCAUUUGGAUUAGUGAGAGUUCGAAGAUAAAUGAAACAAUCAACUUACUAGCCUAAUUCACUUCCUGUAGUGGCACAUGUCAUUUACACAAAUCAGUUCCGACAAAAAGAACAUACUAGUUUCCAUUAGAUUUCUUUGAUAACAUACUGAAGUUAAUAAAAUGUCAUUAUGGAUCAUCCAGUCAAUCCUCUAUCAUACAACAUUUACUUUAUACAAAAAUGAUUUUUUUUAUAAACACACAACAGCUUUUAUUUUUAGCCUAUUUUGAGAAGAUGCAAGACAAACUUAACCAGAUUCGUGAAGCUCGUGAGGCUUUGGAUGCAUUAAGACAUGAUCACGCUGUUCGCAAACAAAUAGAAGAGCAAGAAGCUGCUCGUAUGCGUCAGUUGCAGAUAAUGCAGAAAUUGGAAGCUAUGCGACAACAGAAAAGAGACACUUUGGAGUACAAAUUACGUAUGACACUAAAACAAAAUAUGCAGUACCAACAAGAAUACGGAAUACCACAACAACCCUUACCGUACGGCGUCGAUUCAUUUUCUAGUGUACAAACUGUUGCACCUGGAGAAGGUUACCCAACCAAUUAUACUUUGCCUUAUAUAUCUGGAAUUAAUUACGCAUCAUUUCCACCUGUUCCGAACGGUUACCUACCAAGAGACAAUAGGGUUUAUGCCACACAAUUUCCAGAUCCGAAUUCACUUGUCCCCACUCAAAGUGGUGCUAGUAGACCUAGUUAUAACAUGUCAUACACACCACAAUUUCAUUCAUAUGUUCCCGACCCAGUUGGCCAUAAUAUCCAAACACAUCCUUCGUUUUCUCAAGGAAACCAAAAUCCAGUUCCACCUGGCUCAUUUUCGAUGCAAAGUAUACAGGCAUCUUUGCCGACUUAUACAGGACAGGAUGAUUCAAAAGGUUACCCUGGGAAUCAAACUUAUCCAUCUAGCCAACUUGUCAUGGACGAAAACAAUGUACCCAGGUACACACAGGUUGUGACCCAUCCAAGUGAUGCACCUAACAAUUAUACUGAGUCGGGUGCUGCAGAGGCACAGUUGAUAUCUUUCGAUUAAACGAAUUUGACUUUUUUUUAUUUAUUUUAUGAAGCGAAUCAUUCAUGAUAUUUUCCCUGUAAUUAAAUAUUGUUGAUGUCAGCUAGUCAUUAUUAGUUUGGUCAUUUUCGUUUUUUUCCAUUUCCGACGCUUAUGUUGCAAGCAAAAAAUUCCUGGUUUAUUUUUGACUGAUAACAUUUUUAAUAGCUUGAUUGAAUAUGCUCUGUUAACUCACUAUUAUGUUAAUAUCUUAAUAUAUGUCAGCCGGGAGUGAAUGGUGUGGCCCUAAUAAGCAAAAAAACGAUUGUACCUAAAAUAUUCAUGUUUCGAAUGGUUUCAUUUCUACAACAUAAGAUGUUAUUGAUAACAGUGAGGUUGAUUACUCUAUCAUAUUCAAUUCGCUUUUCUUUUUAACUGAAUAAAUCCCAUCCAAAAGCUAGUCGUUUAAAAUGAUCUGGUAAUAAACCGUCAAUAAAAUCUUGUUGAAAAGUAUAUUCAUCCAGGGAAGUAAAAUGUGCUUAAAGCCACUGCUAGUUGCCCAUAUUUUGCAAAUAACAUUGAGUGACUAAUACAUUAGAAUCAAGCACGAACUCGAGUCUUGUCUACCAACAAAUAGGGGAUCUGUAUUAAUCAUAAGGUAAAUUACAGUUGUAUAAUUAUUACACAAACGGAUGUUCAUUUACUAUCUGCAUUUUAAGAAUUCUAAUGUUACUCAUCAAGUUGUUCAGUUGUUACGGGAAUAAAUGAGCUCACUUCGCAUAUCAAUGCUUGAACGGUGUAAUAUGCAGAAAACUUUGCAUUUGCACAUUCUCACUAAAACAAAUGCACAAAGUAAGCCUAAGAAUCCAUCGAAAUAUACUGCAUGGAAAAAGUUCUCGAUUUCCGCAUAUACAGGACAAAGUUUUCGCAUUAUGAAUCGUAACGGUCACUUAGCAAUAACAUCUUUCAAACUGCGGUCAUGAAAGGGUUUUUGCUUGGAAAAGCUUGACCUUAUACGUUUGUUGACCGGAAAGGUUCUAAUUUAUUAUUUUAUAGCCACGACCAGGUCUGAAGCCCGCCUGAUUCUCUUGUGUUUGCAGUUCACGAGUCUUAGUUGGGCGUCUGAUAAUUAUUGAGGCCAGUACUUUAGAUGCUAUAUUAGUUAAACUAAUCCCUCUAUGGUUGUCACAGGAUGAUUUUGACCCUCUCUCAUAUAUUGGGACGAUAAGUGAUUGUGGCCAGUCAGAUGGAAUAACGUCUAACUGCCAUAUCUUAGCUCAAAUAUUAGUCAACCUAAUCGCUUAAAUUGGACCACCAUCCUUAAAGACCUCUGGAACCAAUCCAUCUGGACCAGCUGCCCUUCCUCGUUUCAGAUUAACUAUAGCCUUUUGAACUUCUGCUAGAGUCGGGGGACCUACUUCAAUGUUCCAUUUACACUGUCUGGGGAUGGAGGGUAGUUGUAGAGUAGCUGAAGGCCAGCUGAACUGUUCUCUGAAAUGUUUCGCCAAUCGUUCUAAACGUCUGAACUGAGAGAUGAGGGUGUCGUCUUGACUUAUUAAUUCCAGUUUCUUUUAUUAGUCUGUCUUGUGUUAGGAAUAAACUUAGUAGAAAUCCAUUAUUUUUUCGUAACCCUUUGGUUUAAAUCAUUAAUAUAGAUAUCACUGUUGUUUCCACAACUGUUCGUAUAUCAUUCCAAGCAACAUCUGGAUCAGCCUCGUUUUCAGAAAUGACUAAUUGUGACCUCAGUUGUUCCUGGGAUCUACUUUCGGCUUCCUCGUCACUGAGUUCGACUCUAGUGGGCCUUCCUAAUGUGGUUUUCCUGCGUCCAAAGAGGCGCAAGAAAACGCGUGCUCGUAUUACAUCAUGAUCGGAGUCCAGGCAGGUAUUCCUGAACGAGUGGCAGUCUCCUAUCGACCCUCUCCAACGAUGACUGGUGGCAAUAUGGUCCGUCGUUGGUUUGGUGCGGGCGGUCGCCAUGUUAAACUAUGUCUCUCUAUAUGCUUAAAAUUAGUACUUGCUAAAAAUAAACGAUUGCCUGGGCAUAGUUGCAACAGGCGAUCACCAUUAUCUGUUCACUGAGCCGGAAUACCAAAAUACCCACUUAAAUGUCUUUCUGAUUGGUUUAAACUGACUAUCUGGGAAUUAAAGUCACCUGCUACGAGUACUAUGUCUGAGUGUUUAGCUUUAUGAAGAAGUUCAGAAAGCUUUCUGUAAAAAUGAUCUUUCACUUCAUCCGGUUUGCAGUCAAUGGGAGCGUAGGCAGAAACGACGAACAUGCGACGACGUGUGUCCCUAUCCUUCCGAAUUCUUACGGAGCCGAACAGCACUUGGCGACUGUUAACGGGAAUCCAUUCUAAUAGUGCUUGUUCUGCCCUCGUAUUCAGUGCUAUAUAGCGACUCACGUGCAAUUGAGUUUAGUUCAGUCAAGGCCUUUUGUUGACCUAUUUAAUGGACAAAGUCAUCCAUGAUAUAACAACUUGUUGUACUAUCUUUAUUAUUAUGCUUGUACGAAAUACAUAUGCUUGAACAUUGUUUAGCGCCUACGCAUGUAUUCAUUCUGCUAGCUUCAUUAUUAACUGCUUAAUCUAUUCGCUGACUCAUCCAUUUUCCUAUACAUAUAUAUAUGUGUACAUUUGCACCCAUUCACUACUACUACUACUACAACUAUUACUUGCUACUGCUUCAAUCGUAGUUCGCUUGCUCAUUCAUUUUGCCUCUCUGCUGUCUGGUCCGAAUUAUCUACUAAAUAAACUGUAGUAGCUGCUUCUUUUUGCCUUCUGAUUUCAAACAUCGUUGAAGAUUAUACGAUAACGGUUCGAGGGUGAUUAAUUAACGAAGCACAACCACUACAGAAUUGGUAAUCCCGACGUGAGAACGGGAAGCGAAUUUUGGCGAAAUAAUCAAAUUCCAAAAAUCCGACUACCUUUAUCUCAAUUUGGAUUAUCAAAUGAACUAUAAUUACAACUGUGGAUUUAUAUUAUUAUUUUAAUUACACUUACAUUAUUUCGCAAACAUUAAACGUGACAAUUAUAAUCAUAAUAAAUAACAAUUAUUCAUAAACAAUUGAUAUAUUGGUGCAAUUUAGUAAGUCUGUUCCAUUUUAUAAAUUGUGCCGUUUUUUUACUAUCAUUGUUUUCGCCCGUCUAUUUUUCCUUGUGAUUGUUAAAGUAUUUUCGUGUGCUACUUAAUUUUUAUAAGCAUGUCUUAUGAAAACACAGUUUCAAGCGUACAGCAAGCCUCGUCCGUGAGGUCUCUUAACCUCCCUGCCCCUUCUUUUAAAAUCGCAGACCCAAAACUUUGGUUUAUAAGACUUGAAAAUUAUUUUCUCGCUAACCGCAUUCUUUUGCAAAAGGAUAAGUUCGGCCUGACAAGCACACUACUCCCAGACGAAGUAGCUGACAGCGUCCGAGAGGCACUAGCAAAACCAGACACAGAAAAACCAUACGACGUGCUAAAAGAGGCUGUAAUUAAAACUCUCUCUCUCAGUGACCAACAAGCCGUCGAACAACUUCUUAACCAAGUACAAAUUGGAGAUAGAACCCCAUCACAACUAAAAAAUUAUAUGAAAAGUCUACUUGGCGAUAGACACAUUGACAAUAAUCUCUUUUAUCAACUGUGGCUCCGCCGACUCCCUGCAAAUAUACAGCAGAUCCUAGCUGUGGGAGAUACGGAUGCUGAUUUAGACAAUAUAGCAAAGAUAGCCGAUAGAAUAUACGAAAGAAGCAAGCAAGCAAGCCCUCCACUACACAGUGUGACGGUAGACGAUAGACUUGAUACUCUACAGAAGGAAAUAAAUGUUUUGUGCCGAAAACUCUCAGAGUUAACGCAGAGAGAAAAGCCACGAAGGUCAUCGCGAGAUCGUUCGCGUGAAAGGACCCGGUCAACUUCUAGACGACGCACAACUCCCGCGAUAUGUUGGUAUCAUCAAAUGUUCGACUACAGGGCUAGAAAGUGCCUACAACCUUGUAGAUUUAACAGGGAUAGUAACCGAUACCCACGAGUAUCAAUGGCAACAGCAUCAACACACAUAAUGCCUGAAAAUAGUCGCCUCUUUUAUAUACAAGACCGGACCACUGGCGCACAAUUCUUAGUUGACACUGGAGCGGAAAUUAGCGUAGUACCUCCAUUUAACGAGGAAAGAAAAAACAUUAACCCGUCGUUAGUGCUAAGAGCAGCAAAUAAAUCAGAUAUUAAGACAUAUGGUAAACGGAAAUUGUCCCUAGAUUUUGGACGUGGCGCUUCAUACCGUUGGAACUUUGUCAUAGCAGACGUAUCGAUGCCCAUAAUAGGCAUAGAUUUCUUAUGUAACUUUGACCUGCUAGUAGACUCUAGACGACACAGACUUAUAAACGGCAGUCAAACCACUUCGAUAAGAGGAAUACUUACGGAAGCCGUUUCAAUGAACCUUGUGAUAGAUAAAAGUUGUGGUGAUCCAUAUAAAGUUGUUAAGGGAGUUCCCUGAACUCGUAAAAGUAACAUACAAUAAAGCGGAUCUCAAACAUUCUAUUCAGCAUCACAUCGUAACGAAUGGUCCACCAAUCAAUGCAAGACCAAGAAGGUUAGAUCCCAAAAGACUAGCUAUCGCAAAACAGGAAUUCGACAAGCUAAUGAGGCUAGGCAUUAUAAGGCCAUCGAACAGCCCGUGGGCAUCCCCGCUACAUAUGGCCCCGAAAAAGAAUGGAGAGAUUAGGCCAUGUGGGGAUUACAGAGCACUAAACAAACAAACGGUAGCUGACAUAUCCUAUACCGCACAUUCAUGAUUUCACCUACAGUAUAGAGGGCACUACUAUCUUCUCGAAGAUCGACUUAACCAGAGCAUACUACCACAUCCCUGUUGCCCCACAAGACAUACCGAAGACAACAGUAACAACCCCAUUUGGGCUAUAUGAAUUCCUGCGUAUGCCUUUUGGACUGACUAACGCGGCACAAACCUUUCAGCGGUUUAUCGACCAGGUCAUUAGAGGUUUACCUGGGGUAUACGCGUAUAUCGACGAUUUAUUAGUAGCUAGCACCACUAAGGAUGAGCAUAUGCAACAACUACGGCAAUUAUUUAUACGACUCAGAGAACACGGCAUUUCUAUAAAUAUUGAGAAGUGUGAAUUCGGAAAAGAAUCUUUACAGUUCCUAGGUCACAAUAUAACUUCUCAAGGCAUCACACCAAUAGCAACAGAAGUCGACGCCAUUAGGAAUUAUCCCCUACCCGACUCAUGGAAAAAGUUACGCCGAUUUCUCGGGUUAAUAAAUUAUUACAGACGAUUUAUCCCGAAUUGCGCGUCAAUAUUGCAACCACUAACAGAUGCAUUACGCGGAAACGCACGGAUAUUCCAAUUAUCACCAGACGCGAUCCAAGCAUUCGAGAACGCUAAAAAAGCACUAAAUAAAGAAGUGACACUAACUAGACGAAAGAGCGAAACACCGUUAGCUAUCAUGACGGAUGCAUCAGAUGUAGCGGUAGGAGCCGUUUUACAACAAUUAGUAAAUGGCAUAUGGGAACCGCUCUCAUUUUUUUCGAAAAGACUGAAUCCGACACAAACAAGAUAUAGUACUUUCGGAAGAGAACUCCUAGCGAUUUACUUGGCAAUAAAACAUUUCCGACAUAUGAUUGAGGGUACCAUUUUCACAGUAUAUACAGACCAUAAACCCCUCACAAAAGCAUUGAAUGCCAAACAGGACAACUACUCGCCGAGGGAAAUCCGACAAUUAGAAUUUAUUUCCCAAUUCACGUCUAACAUACAGUAUAUCAAAGGCAAUAGUAACGAAGUGGCAGACGCGCUAUCCAGAACGAUGGUCAACGCUCUCGUCCAGUCCGAAAUCGAUUAUCACAAGUUAGCAGCAUUACAAAAUAUCGACGUCGAGUUAAACAGACUAAAGUCUGCCAAUACAACCUCGUUAGUUCUCAAAGAAACUCCAUUGGAAGAAGUAAGCAUCAUCUGCGAUAUUUCUACAGGUCAACCAAGACCAUUUAUUCCAAAGCCGCUAAGGCGAAACAUUUUCGAAGCCAUGCACAAUAUUUCGCAUCCCGGAAUAAAGGCCACCAUCAAACUAAUCAGCGAACGUUUUGUAUGGCCAAGUAUGAAUCGGGAUAUUCGUAAUUGGACGCAAGCGUGUAUAAAAUGCCAGAGAGUUAAGAUACAUCGCCACACCAGUUCCGCAGUAGGUCAUUUCCGUCAUCCCGAUAACAGAUUCGAGCACGUACAUAUCGACAUUAUAGGACCACUGCCGGUUUCGAAUGGCUUCAGUUACAUUUUCACUUGCAUUGAUAGAUUCACGCGAUGGCCUGUAGCUGUGCCCAUAAAAGAUAUUACAGCCGAAACUAUCGCAAAAACCCUAGUAGAGCAUUGGAUUUCCCAUUAUGGCGUACCUACUAAUAUCACAACCGAUAGAGGAGCUCAAUUCGAGAGCCGCCUCUUCCAACAACUCACAGAACUCGGAACCAAACGAAUUCGCACAACAUCCUACCAUCCGAUGUCGAAUGGUAUGGUAGAGAGAUUGCAUCGGCAACUUAAAGCUUCUCUUACAGCUGUCAUCAGCAAUAAUGAUUGGGCCAGCAAGCUACCGUUAGUCAUGUUGAGCUUAAGAUCAACAAUCAAACAAGAUAUAGAAUGCUGCCCAGCAGAAUUGGUUUAUGGAACCACACUACGUCUGCCAGGAGAGUUUUUCACUGCAGGUAAAAGCGUUCCAACUGAUAUAGCGGACUAUGUACAGCGUCUUAAGCAGCAUAUGAGUAGUCUAAGGAUAACGCUUCCGAGACAACAUCAACGCCGUGUGUACAUACCCAAACACCUAAGUGACAGUACCCAUGUGUUUAUCAGAAGGGAUAAUGUGCAACGUCCCUUACAACCGGCCUACGAUGGUCCAUUUAAGGUGAUUAAAAGAGACGACAAAACUAUUACGGUAGAAAAAGCUGGAAAAACGGAUGUAAUUAGCAUCGACCGAGUCAAACCAGCUUUCAUCGAAGCCUACGAUCAGCCAGUACAUACAGAUACUGCGAAAACCGUUGAAUCAUCGAAGCGUCAGUUCCAAUCAUCAACGACAUCGACGAACACAAGCGAAGAGAAUCCAGUAACGACAAGGUCUGGCCGAAGAGUAAGAUGGCCCCAACAUUAUGUCGCUGCAAUCUUCUAUUAAUAAUUUUCUACUAUUUUAAAUAUUAAUUAUAACUUCCACUUCAUUGUAUACACAUGCAUUACUAAUUUCAUGUUAUACGCUAUAAAACUCAACAUAUCUUAUGUACCCCUACACUUACACGUAUAAUUUUUAUUUAAAAUGUAAAGCAAUACCGCAUUCCUUCUAUUUAUUGCUAUUAUUUUUUAAAACCUCACGGACGGGCGCAAACCAAAUGUACAGCACACACUAACUCCAUCUUAAUUUUGUACAAACCAUUUUUUUUUCAAACGAUUGUAACUACCCUACUCAGUUUACUAUUUUUUUGUGCAAACACAGACAUUUUUCCAUAUAUCUUUGUUUGCAGGGGGGGAGCUAUUAUAGCGACUCACGUGCAAUUGAGUUUAGUUCAGUCAAGGCCUUUUGUUGACCUAUUUAAUGGACAAAGUCAUCCAUGAUAUAACAACUUGUUGUACUAUCUUUAUUAUUAUGCUUGUACGAAAUACAUAUGCUUGAACAUUGUUUAGCGCCUACGCAUGUAUUCAUUCUGCUAGCUUCAUUAUUAACUGCUUAAUCUAUUCGCUGACUCAUCCAUUUUCCUAUACAUAUAUAUAUGUGUACAUUUGCACCCAUUCACUACUACUACUACUACAACUAUUACUUGCUACUGCUUCAAUCGUAGUUCGCUUGCUCAUUCAUUUUGCCUCUCUGCUGUCUGGUCCGAAUUAUCUACUAAAUAAACUGUAGUAGCUGCUUCUUUUUGCCUUCUGAUUUCAAACAUCGUUGAAGAUUAUACGAUAACGGUUCGAGGGUGAUUAAUUAACGAAGCACAACCACUACAGCUAUAUCUACACCUGCCAGUACACGAGAACUAGCCAUUGGGUUGCCAGAUACACGGAGGAUCUAUCUCGUCGGCUCCUCGUUUCGGAGAGGUGGGUCAAGUGAAUGAGCAUACUAGGAUCAUGUAUGCGUGUUUCGGAGACACAGCAUACCUCAAUGGUACGAGAUUCUAGGGUUUUAGCCGAGGUCUGCUAGCGGACUUGACAUAGGGUGCGUACGUUAGUCUCCAUCACGUAGUUUGGAAAGAGG